AGGCCAGAAGCACCUGGGGCUCAAACCCCAACAGAUGCCUAUCUGGGAGCAGGAGCAUGACCUGAAUGUGCUGGUGGCCAAGAACAACCUGGGGCUAGAGGCCAUUUAAUCUUAGUCUUCACUACAAAAAAGCAGUAUUAGGAGUUGAAGAGAAAGGAUCCAUUGACCUGCAGAGGAAGCAGGGGCCUUGCUGGCUACAUCUACACCAGCUCUAGAAAGAAAAAAGGAUCUUGGUACAUUCCUUGAUUGAAGCUCCAUGGCCAGAUUCUUACAGACCGUGCUGUUCCUGGUGAUCACAAUGCAGUUUGUAUCUAGAAGAGUUCAAGCCUGGGGCUCACCAAAGAUUGUGAGGCCAUUCGAAGACAUCCCCAAAUCCUAUGUCUAUGUGCAGCAUGCACUCUGGUAUGCCAUGAAAGAGUAUAACAAGGCCAGCAAUGACCAAUACAACUUCAGGGUGGUGGAUAUCCUAAAAUCUCAGGAGCAGAUUACAGAUAGUCUGGAGUAUUAUCUUGAAGUAAACAUUGCCCGAACAAUGUGCAAGAAAAUUGCAGGAAAUGAUGAAAACUGCUUGUUUCAACAUGAUCCUAAAAUGAAAAAGAUGGUGUUUUGCAUUUUUAUUGUUAGCUCCAAACCAUGGAAGUUUGAACUCAAAAUGCUGAAGAAACAAUGCAAAGAUAUCUAAUAAGCAUCCAGCAUGCCUUACCACUCUCACUUUUCUUUUAAAUGCAUAAAGAUGCUUGUAAGAUAAUGGACCACCACA